GGGCGGGCCCGGCCCGAGGGACGGCGCCUUUCAUUUUCCAAACUGCUGCGUGAGGAGAGCUGUGCGAGUUCUUUCUGACCCCCCGGUGCUCUGCUGGCUCCUGCUCUGAGCUCGUAGCCUCUUACUUGUCGGGACAGCUGGUGACCAUGAGUAAGACCAUGAUCCUUCAGCAGUGUGUGACACCAGUGAGAGGUGGCAACUCUUCAUUCUCUGCUCUCCCCGAUCUGUCACAACAAACAAGACAUGGAAAGGAUGCCAUAGUGCUUGAAGAGCUUCUGAGAAAGCACUGAGGUGAUGCUUGGAGAUGAGUCAUAAGCAGCAGAGGACGCCAGGCAGAGCCUGUGCUGUCAGAGCCUGGGCCAGCCUGUGGGAACAAGCACACAUGGCCACGGGGAAGGAGUGGAGCUGUCCCAUCUGCUGCGAUGCACGAGACGACGUCGCUUACACGAUGCCCUGCGGCCACCGGUUCUGCCUUGGCUGCAUCCUGCGUUGGGCAGAGAAAAACCCUGCCUGCCCGCUCUGCAGAAGAUCCAUCUUGACAGUGAAGUUUUCUGAUCGUGGUGGAGAUGACUACCUACAUUGUGUCAUCACACCUCCCAGGGAGUUGCCAGAGACCAGCAGCCAGGCAGCAGAAGCUCCUAGAGGCCUGGCUGGAAACAGAGCCCAUGGGCCUGCAGAUCCCCUUGGUUCCUCUCCACUAGGAGUGACAGCCCCUGCUGGGCAGCAGGCUGCAGGAUCAGAGGCUGUGGGCGGCAUCCUGCCCGAGCUUUGGGCAGAACUUUUCCGAAGACGACGGAACCUCCUGAACCCCGUGCGGCCGUGGCUGCGCCAGGGGCUGGAGAUGAUUUAUGGGGGUGAGUGGUAUCAGGUGAAGAGUGCAGAGAGUGGCAUCGUGCUCGCACUCUGUGUCUAUGGCCCAGACAGGGAAGUCUUGGUCCAGAGAUUGCAGCCCCGUCUCCAGCACUACACUGCAUCACUGGUCCAUGGCAUCCUCACUAUCAUUGAGACCCAGUGCACUGAGGAGGUUCGGAGGCUGUGGCACUCUCACACCGUCAGGGAGGAGGAUGAGAUCCCUGCUGCCAGCUCUGAUCCCUCUGCCUCCCAGGAGGGUGCUCCCACCCUCAGCCAGGCCCCAUCCAGUGGCACUGCAAAUUUCCAUGUGGAGGAGGAAGCCAGCAGAUCGGAGACUGCCCUCCAUGGACAUCCCAGCCACUCUCCAUCUGUGUCCAGCCCUGCAGAGCAGGAACAGCCCCAGGAAGAGGAGACAAGAGUGGCUGCAGGUUCCUCUGCUCCUGGCCAGAGCAGGGACCCCUCACCUGCAACAUCCCAGCGGUGCCGGAAGAGGAGGACCCGUGGGUCCCCAGCUGCCUCCCAUUCCAGCAAGAGGCAGCGCCGUGAGCAGCUCUAGAACGCCUUUAGCACACAGCAAGCCUUUACUCAAGAAAAAGAAAAUAAAUGGCUAUUUCCUU